GAGAUGAUUUUCUUACCUUCCAACAAAUGUGAUUUGACAUCAGGCCCUGUGCUUUUUCUACUUUAAUUCAACACGAUCUCUCUCUUACAGCUUUUAUUGAAUUUUUUUUAUUUUUUUAAGGAACAAAUGUUUUUCAUGUCGACAUUGCAAUCUAUGCCUGGAUGUAGAACCAUGAUGUUUCAGUUGACUGCACGUAGCGGCGCUUGCACGGCUUUAUCUUGCAAAUCAAAGACGGUUAGCGACUGAGUAAAGAAUUCUCAAACAAGAAAGUAAAAAAAUAAAUGCUUGCAGUCAAAUCCAAGUAAAGCAGACAUGAAAUCAAUUCUUACAAGCCAUGAAGUACUGUAAAAUUGUUUAUACCUUCUGAUUGCGGAGGCAACAAGAAGAUCUCCAUUAUAUAUUUGCCCGAAUUCAGACGACUAGUUUUGCAUUAAAUAGGUUCCAGGAAAACUGGAGGAUAUCGUACAAUGUCUAUUCAAGGAGUGCAGUUGUAUAUUCAGGAUGAUCAUGUGAUGAUGGAGAAUGGCAUACUCCGAGUCACAAUAUCAAAACCAGAGAGAAUUGUCACUGGAGUAAGCUAUCAAGGGAUCGAGAAUUUGCUUGAAGUUCGUAAUGAAGAAUCUGAUAGAGGGUACUGGGACCUUGUUUGGAGUGAGGAAGGGACAGCAGGAACAACAGGGACCUCUUAUGUAAUAAAAGGAGCAAAAUUCAGAGUGAUUGUAGAAAAUGAGGAACAAGUGGAAAUCUCAUUCACAAGAGCAUGGAGUUCUUCUUUAGAGGGCAAGCACGUUCCUCUAAGUAUAGACAAAAGGUUCGUAAUGCUUCGAGGAUCCUCGGGGUUUUACUCCUACGCCAUCUAUGAGCACUUGAAAGAGUGGCCUGGUUUCAACCUGCCACAAACCAGGAUCGUUUUCAAGCUUAGAAAAGACAAGUUUCGCUACAUGGCAGUGGCAGAUAAUAGGCAAAGGCGCAUGCCCCUACCAGAGGACCGGUUGCCAAGAAGAAGUAGACCCCUCGCUUACCCCGAAGCUGUCCUACUUGUUCAUCCAGUGGAGCCGGAGUUCAAAGGAGAGGUGGAUGACAAAUAUCAAUACUCGUGUGAUAACAAAGAUCUUUAUGUCCAUGGAUGGAUAUGCUCCGAUCCACCAGUGGGGUGGUGGCAAAUCACACCAAGCAAUGAGUUCCGAUCUGGCGGACCAAUGAAACAAAACCUUACUUCUCAUGUUGGUCCUACAAAUCUAGCUAUGUUUCUUAGCGCUCACUACGUGGGAGAGGAUAUGGUGCUGAAGUUUAAACGUGGAGAGCCAUGGAAGAAAGUCUUUGGCCCUGUUUUCAUUUAUCUCAAUACUUUGAUUGAUAAUGAUGAUCCACUUUGGCUAUGGGAAGAUGCUAAAGAACAGAUGUUGACUGAAGUCCAGUCUUGGCCGUACAACUUCCCAGCUUCAGAGGAUUUUCCAAAGUCAGAGCAGCGAGGUUGUGUUAGUGGUAGAUUACAAGUCAGUGACAGGCAUGUCAGCGAUGACAAUAUAUCAACAAACGGUGCUUAUGUUGGAUUGGCACCACCAGGGGAUGUUGGCUCGUGGCAAACAGAAAGCAAGGGUUACCAAUUCUGGACCAGAACAGAUGCAGAUGGCUAUUUCUUGAUCAGUGAUGUAAGGAACGGUGACUAUAAUCUUUAUGCUUGGGUUCCAGGUUUCAUAGGGGAUUACAAAAAUAAUGCAAUAGUUACUAUAACUCCAGGUAUCAAAUUCUUUUCUCUCUUCUUUAAACUUCUGAUAGUAACAUUCCCUGAUACAAUAAAACAAAUCUCAUCCCAUCAUGAACUAUGUAAUGCAGGUUGUGAUAUUGACAUGGGUAACCUCGUCUAUGAACCUCCAAGAGAUGGGCCUACACUGUGGGAAAUUGGCAUCCCUGACAGAACUGCUGCAGAAUUCUAUGUUCCAGAUCCUGAUCCAAUGUAUAUCAACAAACUAUAUGUGAACCACCCUGACCGGUUUAGGCAAUACGGAUUGUGGGAAAAAUACUCAGAUUUAUAUCCUAAUGGAGAUUUAGUUUACACCGUUGCUGUUAGUGACUACAGAACUGAUUGGUUCUUUGCUCAAGUCACCAGGAAGAAGGAUGAGGAUAAGUAUGAAGGAACUACAUGGCAAAUCAAGUUCAACCUCGAAAAUGUAAAUCAAACUGGAACCUAUAAACUUCGAGUGGCUCUAGCAACCGCAUAUGUCGCAGAAUUACAGGUCAGGAUCAAUAAUCCGAAGGCAAAUCCUCCUCUGUUUACAACUGGAGUAAUCGGGCAUGACAACACCAUUACAAGGCAUGGAAUUCAUGGACUAUACCGGCUUUAUAGCAUAGAUGCGAAGGGUGCUCUGCUUAUGGAAGGAGAAAAUACCAUUUUCUUGACACAACCAAUGUGUAGCAGCGCAUUACAGGGGCUUAUGUAUGAUUACAUUCGUUUAGAAGCCCCGCCUUCUAACAAUUCCACCAAGAAACAUUGACCCUUUUUCCCAAAUCAAAAUAAAAUGCCUGAUAAAUCUGUCUAUCAAGCUGUAUAUUUAAAUAACUGAAGAGGUCUUCCAUAUUUACAUUUCCAGCUACCUGGUUGAAAUAAACAAAAGCAAAAAA